AUGGCCGAAGAAACCCAUACGGCAGAAGCAGCAAGAGAACCAAGGAAGAGGAAAAUUGGGAAGAAGAAGGGCUCCAAGGCUAAGAAGAAAGCAAAGAUGUUACAGUCAGCGGAAGGCAUUAGAGCCAUGAAGCCUAAGAAGAUUGACAAGAAAAUGCAGAAACUGUAUCGGAAACGAGCCCGAGACUACAAUUCAGAGGACGAGUCCGAACAAGACAACGCUACACCUUUGGGCAACAAUGAGGACGAGCUGAUUGGUGGGUCUUCUUCAGGAGAAGAAGCAGAGAAAGGUGGCGACCACAGUGAAAGGAAUGUGGAUAAUGGGUUCUCAGAUGAUGAGGAGCACGGUGAGAUUCUGCCCGGCAUCAUGAGAUUUACGGAGGGUAGUAAUGCGUUUAGGUUGGCAUUCAGGAGUAUAAUAAAGAAGACUGUUCCUGAAGAUGUAUUGGGGCCGGUGUUAUCGGGGCAAAAGAAACUUGUUGCAGAGAAGCUUGCUGAAGAGGAGAACGAGCGCAAGGUCAAGGGUGAGGCUAAGAAGGAAAAACAAUUGGUAAUAGAAAAGGGGCAUGUGAAGCCUGCCAACUAUUUGGACUCGCAUGAAAAGUUUCUAAUUGGUGUUGCUACGAAAGGAGUGGUCAAGUUGUUCAAUGCUGUCAACAAAGCACAAAAUGCUCAGAAAGGACUGAAUCCUUCCAAGUUUAAAGAUGCAAAAGUGAUAAAAAAACGGAGAAAAGAAGCCUUCUUUUCAGAGUUGGGCAAAACGUCCUCCCGAGGUGCUAGUGCUUCUGUAAAGUCUCAUACGUCUAAAGGCCCGGUGGAUGGUGAAGGGCCUGCCUGGGCUCCAUUACGAGAUAAUUACAUGCUCACAAAUUCCAAGUUGAAGGACUGGGAUAAGAUGCCGGACACAGUUGUGGGAGAUGACAUUGGAAGAGUAUCUGAAGAUAGUUCUGAUGAUGAUUAA